GGCGCGGCAGCGCAGCGGUCCCCGGGGGGCGCAGGAUGCGGCUGGCGGCUCUCCUACGGGCGCCGGGCGGCGGGUGGCGGGAGCGCUUCGAGUGCGGUGGGCGCGACGUGGCUCGCUGGUUCCCCGGGCACAUGGCGCGAGGACUGAAGGACAUGAGGAGGAGCCUGCGAGCCGUGGACUGCCUGCUGGAAGUGCACGAUGCCCGAAUUCCACUUUCCGGCCGGAAUCCUAUGUUGCAGGAAGUCCUGGGCAUCCGUCCACAUUUGUUGGUAUUGAAUAAAAUGGAUCUGGCAGAUCUAACCCAUAAGUCAAGAAUUCUGGAACUUUUGGAACAGCAAGGUUUGCAACACAUUCUCUUCACAGAAUGCCUAAAAGAUGAAAAUAUCAAGAAGCUUGUUCCCAUUCUCACAGCAUUGAUCAAAAACAGUCAGCGUUAUCAGAGGGCAGAGAAUGUGGAAAAUAGCAUCAUGGUAAUUGGUGUGCCAAAUGUGGGGAAAUCAUCAAUCAUCAAUUCAUUGAGAAAGCUACACCUCAAAAAAGGAAAAGCCUCCCCGGUUGGUGCUGCACCAGGUAUAACCAGAGCCGUUCUCACCAGGAUCCAGGUGUCUGAAAAACCCCUUAUGUACUUACUGGAUACUCCUGGGGUGCUGUCUCCCCAAAUUGAGUCUGUCGAGACGGGGCUGAAGCUAGCAUUAUGUGGAGCAAUUCAUGAUCACCUGGUCGGAGUAGAGGUCAUUGCUGAUUAUCUUCUUUACGUACUGAACCAGCAGCAGCAAUUCAGUUAUGUGGAGCACUUUGGGCUGAGUGGCCCCUGUGAUGACGUGGAGAGUGUACUCAAGAGCAUAGCACUGCAUCUGGGCAAGGUUCAAAAACUCCAGGUUCUGACUGGCACAGGAAAUGUGAGAGUAUCAGCACCUAAUUAUAAUGCAGCAGCCUGUGAAUUUAUCCACACAUUCCGCAAAGGGCUUCUGGGGAAGAUAAUGCUUGAUCAAGUAAAUUAGAUCCUCGUGUGAUGCUGCUCUGAAGUUUUCUUGUGAAAAGUUCUAAGGAUCUGCCUGGAGCAGGAGGACCAACAUUGUGUGCUUAAGAAAGGCUGUGCCAGCGUGACUUCAUCAGUAA